UUGAGUUACUACAACGAGGGUAUUUAGGAGGAAUAUUACGCUUUAAGUUAAAUAUACAAUACAAAAAAUUGUUAUACAUUCAAAUUUGUCAACGUUGAUUACUUGGCAAGGGAGCUGUCAACGACGUCAGAAAGUUUAAUUAAAAGACAGUUUGAUCUUCACAAUCAUGCCUGUCCUAUAUUCAGCAAUAAGGGACUCAGUUGAGCUCACAAAAAGGGCCUCUGAGGGUGUUUUUCAAGGCGGGAUGCCAAAUGAAGUAAACGCCAGUGACCCACUUGCAUUAUUUGUUAUACAAGCUUCCUUUAUCAUCAUUUUCACAAGAGCGAUAGGCUAUCUUCUAGCAAAGCUAAAACAACCGAGAGUUAUCGCAGAGAUUAUUGGUGGUAUCAUACUUGGUCCUAGUAUACUCGGACAAAUACCCAAUUACAUGGACGACAUUUUCCCUGAUGAUUCCCUCCCAUAUCUCAAUCUAAUAGGAACCCUCGGUAUUAUUCUCUUUCUUUUCAUUGUCGGCAUGGAAGUCGAUUUGAAUGUCAUGAAGCGAUACGCUAGAUCAAGUAUUGCAAUCGCAACAACGACACUCGUCAUACCACUCGGUGCUGGGAUAGCACUCGGUGUUGGUUUAUGGAAGGAAUUCAACGAGAAUGAUGAUGUAAUCUUCUCGCAUUUCAUUCUCUUCAUUGGUGUAGCGAUUGCUAUUACCGCUUUCCCUGUUCUCUGUCGUAUACUUGUAGAAUAUAAACUCACACAGACACCCGUCGGCACAAUCGCUUUGUCUGCUGGAGUUAUCAAUGAUGUCGUAGGAUGGAUCUUACUGGCAGUUAUUGUCGCUUUAGUAAACUCAAAUGGUGGAAUCAUCACUUUAUACAUUCUGCUAGUAAUUCUGGGAUGGAUAUUACUACUAGUUUUUGUGGUCAGACCAUUAUUUUACAUGUUAGCAAGACGUACGGGUAGUUUAGACGGCGGUGGACCAACUCAAUUCGUCACAACUCUCGCCUUACUAUUGGUCUUUAUUUCAUCAUUUAUCACUGAUAUUAUUGGUGUACAUCCAAUCUUUGGUGCUUUCUUAGUUGGAUUGAUAAUGCCAAAGGAUGGUAAAUUCAACAUUAUCGUUACUGAGAAGAUUGAAGAUGUGGUAAUGAUUAUAUUCUUACCAAUUUACUUCGGUUUAACUGGUAUACAAACUGAUCUCUCGUUGCUGAACACUGGAACUAUCUGGGGAUACACCGUUUUAGUUAUAGUUGUUGCUUUCUUUUCAAAGCUCGCUAGUGGUGCUGUUACAGCUAAGGUUUGCAGGUUUACCUUCAGAGAGAGUCUCACAAUCGGUACACUAAUGUCAUGUAAGGGAUUGGUUGAGAUUAUCGUAUUAAACGUUGGAUUACAAACUGCGAUCAUUGACAAGAGAGUUUUCUCAAUUAUGAUUUUCAUGGCUAUAGUUACCACAUUUAUCACUACACCAUUAGCACUCUUCAUCUAUCCAUCUAAACUUCGUCCACAUACAGCUGAAGAUGGAAAGGAAGGUGAAGAUGAGAAACAUAGAAUUUCAACAGGUGACAAAGGACAGCUUCAAAAUUACUUGAUGGUUAUGCAGAAAAUGGAGCACGUACCAACGAUGUUGUACUUUACUCAUCUGUUACAAUCUGAGAAGCAUCAAAAUCACAUUGAUGCUCUCAGAUUGGUUGAAUUGACAGAGAGAACGUCAGACUCUCUGAGAUCAGAAACACAAGAAAUAAAAUCAGAUCCAUUAUUGGGCAUUUUCACAACAUUCGCCCACCUUCGUAAUAUUGCAGUCAGACCACUUUUAAGUUUGACAUUGCAAGAUAAUUUCGUAAAUACAGUUUCCGAACAGGGUGUUGAAAACGACAUGGUUAUUGUACCUUGGAAGAGCAACAGGGAGGCUGUUGAGAAGGAAUACCAAGCAGGACAUCAGAAUCCAAUUGAUACGAUCCUGAAUUCACAAAGCUCAUCUCAAAAAUACGUUCAGUUCGUGAGGAAGGCGUUAUCACAAACAAAGUCUUCAAUGGCGAUAUUCCUUGAUCAAACUACGGGUGAAACUGAUAGUUGGGAUGGAACGACGUUAUUUAUGCCAUUCUUCGGUGGAACUGACGACAGAGUUGCUUUGAAGUUAGUAGAAAGGUUAUGCAAUAGAUCAGACGUCAAUGCUGUUGUUGUUAGGAUGAAGAGUGAAUUAGAACAUACGAAAUCAAAUGAAGCGAUGAAUAACUUGACAGAGUACUCGCCACAUGGACUCCCAGAUACGAUAUAUCCUGAGCAGAAUACAGAACAAGUGCUUGAAUCUGAGACAGCUGAUGAUUUGGCUUUGAUGGAAUGUCAGAAAAAGGCUGGCACACUUGGAAUUGAAAUGAAAGAAUGCGUAUCUGCUAAGCCAUUGUUUGAAAUAACAGAUAUUGCGAAUCGCAUAAAGGAGACGUCGAGAAAGGAGAUAUUAGUAGUAUGUGGUAGAAGUCGCAACAACGAGAACCACAGGAAGGAAUUAAUAGCAGUAUUAGAAUCAGAAGGUAUACAUACGCAAGCAUCAUCAUUAGCAGCAAAUAGAUUUAAUCACUUAUUCCAAGUCUCUGCACCACCUUCACCCGCAAUUCAACAAACAAUGGGACAAGAAGAACGCAAGACUUUAGGAGAAUUAGCAACAGCAUUAUCAAUAAAAUUAGUUAAAAAUUCAAUAAUUAUUGUACAAUCAGGUAAAUCUGAGUAAAUAAAUUUUAUACACCUUGUUCAUCUACAUAC